GUAACAACCUCAAGAAUCAUUCAACUUUCAAUAGUCGUCUUGUCCGGUAAUUCAGUUCCUCCACAGACGGAUUACAUAAGAAUCCGACAACAACAAAGUAAGAAAGAAGGAAAACAUUAAGGCAUUAUUGCUAAGAGCCAGAGGAAGAACAAAUGGGCGGUUCCAAGAUUCAUGUUCUUAUGUUUCCGUGGUUUGCAUUUGGUCAUAUGACUCCAUUCCUUCAUCUCGCCAACAAAUUAGCAGAAAAGGGUCACAAAGUAACUUACUUGUUGCCCAAGAAAGCUCAGGAACAGUUGGAAAACCUCAAUCUACACCCAGAAAGCAUUUCUUUUAAUCUGGUUAGUGUUCCAUCUGUCAAUGACCUUCCUGCAGGUGCAGAGACAGCCUCAGACAUUCCUAUUUCUCUUUCCAGUUCUCUAGCUUCGGCAAUGGAUCUAACACGCGAUCAAGUUGAAGCUAGGGUUCAUGCUCUGAAACCCGAUUUGAUCUUUUACGAUUUUGCUCACUGGAUUCCAGAAAUCGCCCAGCGGAUUGGCGUCAAGACUGUGUGUUAUGUAACGGUUUCUGCUGCGACGGUAGCUAUUUCGCUUGUCCCUGGCCUCAUUAGUUCGAGAGAUGGGCCGAAAACGGAGGAUGAACUGGUCAUUCCUCCGCCUGGAUAUCCUUCCUCCAAGGUUGUAUUCUACAGGCACGAGGCUCGCACCUUGUUGUUUCUCUCGCUUCCGUUCGGGGAUGGAACAACGUUUUACGAGCGGGUCAUUAUGGCUCUCACGAAAUGCGAUGCCAUAUGUUUAAGGACAUACAAAGAACUCGAACGGAAAUUCUGCGAAUAUAUCGAAAGCCAGUACCAGAAGAAGGUCCUUUUGACAGGUCCAAUGCUACCUGAUCCAGACAAGACAAAACCACUGGAAGACAGAUGGAGUAACUGGCUAAGUGUGUUCGAGCCCGGUUCUGUGGUGUUCUGUGCGUUGGGCAGCCAAAUCAUUCUUGAAAAAGAUCAGUUCCAAGAACUCUGUCUAGGUUUGGAGCUGACGGGUUUACCGUUUCUGGCAGUGUUAAAGCCGCCAAAUGGCACGUCAGCGAUUCAAGAAGCAUUUCCAAAAGGGUUCGAGGAACGAGUAAAGGACCGAGGGGUUAUUUAUGGAGGAUGGAUUCAGCAACCAUUGAUAUUGUCUCACCCAUCAGUCGGUUGCUUCGUCAGCCACUGCGGGUUUGGAUCGAUGUGGGAAUCUCUGAUGAGUGAUUCUCAGAUAGUAUUGAUCCCGCAUUUAGGUGAUCAAAUCCUCAACACCAGAUUGAUGGCCGAGGAACUCAAGGUUGCAGUCGAAGUUCAUAGGGACAAGACAGGAUGGUUCUCGAAAGAGAGCUUGAGCCAUGCCAUUGCAUCUGUGGUGGAUAAAGACAGCGAGACCGGGACCUUUCUGAGGAAGAAUCGCCAGAUGUUGAAGGAGACUUUGGUUAGUCCCGGGUUAACGAGCUGUUAUGUCGACAACUUUGUGGAAGAAUUGCAGAAUCUAGUUCAUACAAACUCCUCUUGAUGCGUUU